AUGUCUGAUCUACUGGGCAGCCUGGGAAACGCUGUCGGGCUCGCAGGUGGUGGAAAUGGAGCCAAUGCUGCAGGCGGAGGUCUGGCUCAACCUAUCAACAACGUACUAGGCAACGCUUUCGACGCAGUCGGCAACGCAGUAGCACAAGUCGGACCAAUCGUUGAGAAUGUACGAGGCUCUCUGGAUGGCGUACUGGGCGAUCUUGGACUGGACGGACCGCGAACACCAUUCGAGAAGUGUAUCGCGCGAGCCUUUGGCGAGGACUCCAGCCUGUACGCCUUUCCAGGGGAUCUACUGUACGAUCUACCUCUCGCGGAGAGUCUACCGUUCUUGAACAAUCUCGAAAGCGAGCAUCCUUACAACCUUGACUAUCCGGUUACGCCAGCUGCGAUCGUGUACCCGGAAAAUGCGCAACAGGUCAGGGCGGCGGUUGUGUGUGCGCAUAAGUAUGACAUUGCUGUGCAGUCAAGGAGUGGAGGGCAUUCAUACUGCAAUCAUGGUCUGGGAGGAAAGGACGGCUCGCUUUCCAUCGACUAUCAGAAUAUGAAGUCCUUCAGCUACAACCCACAAGACCAGACAAUGACAUUUGAGCCCGGGAAUCGGCUAGGAGAUCUUGAUAGACAUCUCGCACCGACAGGAAGAGUUGCGGCGUAUGGACAAGUCAGUGACAUCGGAUCUGGUGGACACUUUACGAUUGGUGGUCUUGGUCCGUUGUCCAGGUUGCUAGGGCUUGCCGCCGACCAAAUCGUCUCCGUCGAAUGCGUCCUCGCCGAUGGCACGAUAACCACAGCCUCCAAUCGCCAGAAUCCCGACCUCUUCUUCGCAAUUAAAGGUGCAGCCUGGUCUUUCGCGACCAUAACAUCCUUCCAAGUUGCCACCUCCGCACCACCAACUUCCGUUAUCAGCUUUCAGUACAACAUCACCUUCGGCCAGAUCGCAGACCUCGCUGAGACUUUCAUACAAUGGCAAGACUUGAUCUCCCAACCACACCUCACCCGCAAGUUCGCCAGUACCUUGACAUUGGCUCAAGAUCUCGUCGUCUACUCCGGUACCUUCUUCGGUGAUCGUCCAGACUUCAAUCGGUUGAAUCUCGAAGCCAUCCUCCCAUUCGGCCAGGAACAUCUGGGCAUCACGAUCGUUAGCAGUGUGGUCACACAUGCCAUCACGGACCUCAUCAACUUCGGCUACGACAUCUUCUCCUCUGCUCCAGCACAUUUCUACACCAAAUCGCUCAAGUACACACGCCAGACCCUUCUUUCACCCUCCGCGGUCCAGCAGCUCUUCGAAUACCUCGAUUCCAUCGACAAAGGCACACUCAUCUGGUUCAUAGUCUGGGACCUUGGAGCUGGUGCAAUCGCAGAUGUUCCGCAGGCUGCCACGGCGUACUGGCAUAGGGACGCAUUGUAUUUCCAACAAGCAUACGUUGUGAACCCGAUUGGACCAGUGACUAGGCAGAGCCAUGAGUUCUUGACUGGUUUGACGGAGGAGACCCAGAGGCUUGCGCCGAGCAUUGAUGAUAGUGCGUACCCUGGGUACGUUGAUGCGGAGUUGAAGGAUCCUUUGACGGCGUAUUGGGGUGGCAAUGUAGAGCGGUUGGUGCAGAUUAAGGGGGAAUAUGAUCCAGAUGAUGUUUUCAGGAAUCCGCAGAGUAUACCUAGUCCUUUCAAGCGCGGAGGGCAGCGCAGGAGUAUUGAUAGAGCGUGA